AUGACGCCAUCCGCCCGUUCACUCAACGCCCAGGCCGACGCUGCCGAUCAGACCUCGCUCCUGGCGCCCACGACGAGUAGAGAUGGCCGUUCCAUGUCGGCCGCUGGUAUGGCCAGUUCGCGGGGUGGCCAGGCCUCGUAUGCCUCGUAUGCGACUGCAAACACGGGGCCCGGCAGCUUCAACACGGCUCUGACCAGGCCAUCGACAGCUCAGGACGGCAGGGCCCGCCCCGACUUCGACAUGCACGCCAUCACUAUUGCCGACCACGACGGAACCACGUCCGAGCAGCGACAGGCUGAGCUGCAGGACCAAAUCGAGAAGGAGACCAAAAUCAAGAUUGGCUCAGAGAACCUGUUGGAGGCACUUAAUGCAAAGAAUGCAAAAGAAGUCAAGAAUCAACGGCUGCAAGUCGAGGAACAGCUAAAUAUAUCAAACAGAAAACUGGCCCAGCUCCAGUCUGGCUUGGCUGCAGAGAAGCAGAGAGCCAAGGAGGUCAAAUCCCCACCAGCCGACCCCCAAAGCAGGCUCUCGUAUCUUUUCCGUCGUAACCUAUCGCGCUCACCAUCACGCCAUGUGGCCCAGAAAGAAGAGGACGGAGACGAGGAGACCGAGUCACCAACCUUUGUCCUUGCCGAGAUACUUCAGGCUCUGGAAGUCCAGGGCAUGCAACCGGAAUACUAUGUAGAGAGAGCAAACUCUCUCGUUCUUCUCUUCAAGCGACAUCCUACACUCAAGUACGACCUAGCCUGGUCCGUGUUCGGACUACGAAUGCAGACGAUGCUGCUCAGCGACAGUCGUGAAGUAGUCGCAGCGGCGUAUCGUGUCAUGCGCUACUCCUUUACCGACCGCAAGUCGCUCCGAAUUAUACGGGCCCUUCAUACGGAUCACUUGGUCAUUCUAUCAUUGGUCAAGGAGAGCAAGGCUAGUGUUGAGCGUGAACAAGCACUGAAGUUUGUUCGAGCUUUUCUAGAUGUUAAAGGAGGUGUCGAAGAGAUUGCACGCGCCGUAGUCCGCAUCAUUGUGGCUGUGGCCGAGAAUGCAGAAGACCGUCUCAGAAACAUUGCAACACUGACUCUGGCUGAAAUUCUUGUUCGAAAACCAUCUCUUCUGGUCUCAGCUGGGGGCAUGGGCGCUUUGGCCGAUGCUUUGGGAGAAGGAAGCUACCUCGCCGCAGAGAGUGUUGGUACCUCAUUCCUUUACCUUCUUGACACGCCCAGAAGACGUCGAUUCUUGCGAUCUGGGCGAGAACUCGAAGCGCCAUUUGCAUUGUUUACUGACGCUGGCACGAUUCACGGACAUCUUCAUGAAGAAAAACUUAAAGUCAAUGCCAAGGUCAUUGCGUCUUUGCUCCGAAGUUGGGGCGGGCUACUCACUCUUUCAAUGAACGACUUUCUUCCUCUCCGAUCUCUACUAUGGUCAUUACAAAUACCUACUCCUCACGUUCGGAGUGUUCUUCUAGAAUUACUGUUUGAUCUUCUUAGGAUCAAACCCCCUUCUUGGUCCUCCUCGUUUCUUGCUGGACGUCGACUGACUACAUAUGGACGUGUUACGAAUCUCAAAAAUCAGCAAAUCAAAGACACGACAGCUACCAGUAGCACUGAAGAUGAUACCACCAAGUGGAGCUUGCUGGAUCACUACGUCUCUGUAAUUCUGGCGGCAUUUCUGCACGCCGGCUUGAUGCCAGCUUUGCUACAGGCCGAAGCAGAGCCCCUCACACUGCCGCUGAAGCGCAAAACAACCCUGCUCAUCGGAGAGGUUCUGAAGAUGGCAAAUGAACUCUUGCCACCAUCAUGGAGCGCCCAGCUCCAGGUGCUUCCUCAGCUCUUGCACUCUGCAGCAAAGUUUCAAUCUGAAAGCCGUUUUGUUGCAAUUGGCACCAUUUACCAGGUGGACAGUAUCAACAGAACACUCUACCGGUCGGAUCCAACGUCCUUGUACAACACCAAAAGCAUCUCGACUUCUGAUGAUGCAUCAGCAAAUAGACAGUCUGACCAAGCAGCGAAGCUGCAGGCUGCUAUGCAAGUUGACGAGGGCCAAUUUCGGAACCUGAUGGUCGAAACCCAGGUACUGAACACAGUCACGUUCCAAAAAUGGAGAUGGGACUUGAUUCUAAACAUCAUCGAGGGGCCGUUGUUGAACCCCAAACGGUUGGAUGAAGCCAUCAAGGUUACCAAAUUCAUCCACCGCGUCCUGGGAUUCUAUCGUCCGUUCAAAUAUCGAUUUUCUGAGGUUAAGAACACUAAGCCAAACCAGCGAUAUGUUCGAGCCGGUUGUGCUCUAAUGCAGAGCCUGCUACAAAACCCAGAAGGCGUCAAAUACUUGGCGGAGAGUAAAUUUAUCCGUCAACUCGCAGAAUGCCUAUCGCAUUUUGAUCGGAUGAGCGGCCUGACAUCUGAAUCACCCAUUUUCCAGACGGAUCGCAUGAAUGAAACGCUUACUGGAGGUUACUUUGCGCUGCUCGGGGCUCUGACGAAAGACAUCCGGGGUAUCCAGAUUCUGGAACGAUGGAGAGUUAUCAAUAUGUUCUACCACAUCAUCGAACUCAACGACCGCGACGAUCUGAUCCGGACGCUUCUGAGCAACUUGGACUACACACUGGACGGCCAUCUACGCAUCAUCAUCUCGAAAGCAAUGACGUCGUGUUCUAAAGAGAUACGCAUCUUUGCCACUAGAUUGUUACGCAAGUACGCGACCAAACCCAUGGGAACCAGCAGUUCUGCUUGUGUGGCCGAAUGGGCCAUCAGACUGCUGGUGACGCAGCUUUACGACCCGGACGUAGAAGUGUGCGAGGUUGCGAUCAAGAUCCUCGAGGAGGCUUGCAAUCAGAAGGAGUCGCUGGAGUUUGUGGUCAAGUGCCGUCCAGCGCUGGACCAUUUGGGGGAGAUUGGGGCACCGCUACUACUCCGAUUCCUGUCAACUUCGGUAGGCUACCACUAUCUGGACGGAUUGGAUUACAUCACGAGAGAAAUGGACGACUGGUUUUUGGGGAGAAAUGACACCUAUGUGGCUCUGAUCGAAGCGUCCAUGGCCCGGGCGCUUGCGGACAUACCCGAGAAGCCAUCGGUUCAACAAACAUACGACGAGGCGCCCGAGCCGACAGACUAUGGUCUUGUGCCGCCGCAUUUUUAUCGCGAGCUAACGAGAACUAAGGAAGGGUGCAAGCUCCUCAAACAAAAAGGACACUUUGAUGAAUUCGCCGCGACGAUUCGAGACUUUGCGUCGGAAAACGACGAUCCCGAGAUUAUCCUCAAGGUCAAAGGCUGCCUGUGGGCAGUGGGCAAUGUCGGGUCCAUGGAGCUGGGCGCGCCAUUUCUGGAGAACUCGGACGUGGUCAAGUGGAUUGUGCAGAUUGCCGAGCAGUCGGAGGUCAUGUCGCUCCGAGGGACAGCCUUCUAUGUGCUAGGGUUGAUUUCGAGGAGUCUUCACGGACAGGAGAUUCUGCUGGAACACGGUUGGGAUGGCGUAGUGAAUGAUUCAGGUGAAGCGCUAGGGUUUUGUCUACCCCUGGACUUCAACAGACUCUUCACGAUGGGACCCUGGGUGGCACAGGCAGAGGAGAUGAGCUGGAACCCCAAAGCGGAGAUCAAGGUUGCGGUCACGGAUGAGGACCCGGUCAAUGCGCGCAUUCUCAAACUUGUGACGGACCUGGGCAACACUGUGCUUGCCAAAAAGGCAGCCAGCGACCUGCAAGCUAUCAAGGCUAGAAAGGCACCAGGCUUCAGCAAACCGGCCAUUUUCCACAAGGUGAUGCAAGUACUAGAAGCACAUCAUUUUCGGCUUCCAGCGUGCCGGUUCAUACUAGAUCUGUUUGAUAAGCGGGUCCUGGAGCAGAUUGUGCUGGAAGAGGAAGACGAGCCUGAGGACGAGGCAAGCAGCCAGUCCGAGGAGAGCACGGAAGCGAGUGUAGGGGGCGUGAAUGGCGCGACUAGGGCAUUGUAG